CCAGCGCAUCAUAUGUAAACAUGGCGGCUGGCAACGCGUUUCACGUGUCUGUCAAAACUUUAAUAGGCGACUGGCACGGCCUGCAGGUUGCCAUCGAAAAUGGUCAGGGUGGCCCUCAAGCACGGGAGAAAGAGCAGUGGCUCGUUGGAGUUCUGGAGCAAUAUUUUGCCGAGAACAGUAACUUGCAUCCCGAUGAAGUGGCCGACUUGAUAGCCGAUAUCGUCGACCACGAAUUCGACUCCCUCAUUGAAGACGGCAGCGUGGAGCAGAUAUCGGCCUUGCUGUGCAAGCACUACCAGCUCUGCCUCGAGGGCCGGGAAAAUGAGGUGCUGGAAUCCCUGUCGCAAAGGCUCCCGCAAACAAGGACUCUGACGGUACCUGUAGCUGGAGACUACGACAGUGAUGACGAAGCAGAAAUGCAGGACCACAUUGACACAGAGGUGUCAUCACAAAUGGGAAGCCUUCAGCUAAACGGGCCUAGCUCAAGCCAACAGCCGUCGCGACGGCAGGAACCCGAUGAAGAUGGCUGGACAGUUGUUAGGCAUGGGAGGAGGACAUAGCCGUCAUAUAUACUGCUGAUAAUACUGUAAAUGCAAUUAAAUACUAUAUUGUGACUUGAUUGAAGUCUCGAAA